AUGACAAAUUACUUUUCCGUAUCACCGCCCAGGAAAAGGGCGAAAUCGAACCACCCCGUAGGAGAGCGUGAUGAAGAUUAUCCUGACUCGGAUGACUCCUUCAAUGAUCCAGUCCUUGCGGAGCCUAGCCAAAUUACACAAACGAUCUUAUUACGAAGAGGUGUGAAAAGCCAACAUAUGGGAACAUUGACUGCUUCGAGAGAGAAUGGAACGACAAACGGUGCACCGGUACACAGCUCUCCUCUUAGAGCUCCACGGGAUGACAGAAGAAAACCGAUGCAAAGAACAGCUCCAUCGGUCACACCACGACGUUUUAACUCGCAGGAUAAAAAUGACUACCACCAUAAUGGUCAAUUGCUUAUGCUGAAGAAUCGUCUAGAAAACAUGGAGCGUGAGAGGGAACGUUUGGCUGCUCAAACAAGAGAUCAGUUAAUUGCGAAAGAAAAACAUCAUGCAGCUGAAAUAAACGAAAAAGAAGAGCGGAUACGUCAACUUGAAGUGCAAAUACAGCGCCUGCGACAAGAAAACCUUCAAAGCAGUUUUCAUGUGCACAACAUAACGAUGUCGAGCAGCAUCGAUGUAGAAAUGGCCGAUGAAGGUGCACCGCCUACUUCAGUCUUGCCGACGAGAAGAGUGAGUUUGCCGCGAAGCGAUGCAUGGAAGAAUAUUCCACGAUUUGGAGCUGCGGCUUCCGUAUUCGCCAACAAUUCAACCAUGGAUAGGCUUGGAAACGAUAAUGGAUCGGAAACCUUUGCACAUAUUCCCAGUCAAAUGCUGAGUGACCUCCCAAAGGCAAAUGAUACGUUUCGAAUCCCUCAACCAGUUCAUUCUGCUCAACCAUUGAAGCACCCUAUUGCUCCUUCUGAAAACAAACAAUGUCAAGCGGAAGGGCUGUCCGAAGAAUGGAAUGUGCGCCGGAUAAUGCGUGAAGCUUCGCUGGAAACCCUUCUAAGAUCCGCAACUGCUUCUGAAGAAAGCAAUUUCGAUCUACCUGUUCUGAGCAAAUUAUGCCGAGUUAGGGAUCAUCUAGGACUGAAUGAUUGUUUGAGUACAGGAAAACAGGAUAACAAUGACUCGUUUUCCUGA